AUGAGCGACCUGGUAAAACGACGCUCCGCUUCCUUGAGCUCGACCAUCCUCUUCAUCUCGACCAUCCUCUUCAUGUUCGCGCCUAUGGUCUCGAUGUGUCUGUUCGCAGCCUCUAAGGCGGCAAGGCCCUUCUUCGUCUCAAGGGCUUCCUUCCGGGCUUCUUGAAGUUCCUUGUCGGCCGCUGCUUUCCUCUCCUGCUCCUUCGGCUCAAAGCGUCGCCGUUGGGGUUGAGGCGAGACAUCACCGCGGGGCUGCACACGGGGUUUUCAGAGUCCACGGUGACGUCCCCGCCCUUCCGCUUUAUAGACGGCCCGUCCGAAGAGUCGAGGUGCUUCCACUCCGACGGGGCCUGACCGCUCCACGGGCUGUACGCCGCUGUGAGAAGCAGGAAGGGAAACACCCACCACUCAGGCACCUCCACGCCCUCGUGCUCGCCCUCGUCCCCGCCCUUAUCCUGCUCUCGCUCCUGCUCCCGGCGGAUUUUGGCGGCGGCGGCGGCGGCCAACGACAUCGGCGUAUUUCCCGGUUCCUGGCGGACCUCCGUCUCAGCCAACGCCGCUUGCGCCGCCGGUCCCUGACCUGCAGGUGGACUCCCUGCUCUUUCAACGCUCUCCCCGGCGC